AUGGUCGGGAAACCACUUGAUUCCAUUGAAAGUGUAGAUCUGGUAACUCAAAUAUUUCCUUUCUGUUAUUUCCGCUUUUGCUCAACUGCGGCCAAAUGGUUUUUGCUCGAUGUUUGUUUUUUGCCAAGAAGCAAAGCACAGGGCUUUGGUGAGCGUAGCAGAGGUCUGAUGGAGCCUGAUUGUUCCGAGGAAAUUGAAAUGUGUGACCUUCACGAUGAUGACGACUCGUCUGCUAUAGCGACCACCUCAAAUGAACACAGAUCUGUAGAUGCCGUUGCGCGACCACAUAGGCGAACCACUCCGGUGAGUACUUUUAUCCUUUCUAAUAAUCUUAUUGAAUGUAGUGGGCAUCUGCUCGCACGCGGCUUCAAGAAACCAAUGCAGCCGCAUUGCCGUGCUGUGCUCACAUUGCGCUGCAAUGUAAGAACAGCACAAUGUGUAGAUGACUGCUGA